UCAAUUUUGAGUGUCAUGGCAAAGGCUGCGAAUACUUAUGUACAUGUGAUUUUGUGAUUUUUUUUUUUUUAAUUUUUAAUACAUUCAAACAUGAAAAUAGUGCUGAAAUGAUUAUUAAACACUUAAUUUAUAUAAAUUUUAGAUACUUGUGAGCAGGGAAAAAACAGUGAACAGCUGAGUGGGGAAAAACAUUCAUGUGGGCCUCCUGCUUGUAAUUCCACUGCUGGCAUUUACAUACAAAUAUAAUCCAGUAUUAACACUAUUACAAUCGAUUCGGCUAAUUUCAUAGGAGCUAUACACUGUUUGUAUCUAGUUUCACUUGGUAACGAACUGCUACAAAUACACAUCACAACAAAAGUAGUUAAUUUAUCUGGUGUGACUACAAGCAUUGCACUAGGGAUAACUACCUUGGAAUUCAGAAUAAGGGGUGAUUCUCCUGUUCUUCCCCAUCUGUCGACAUUGCGUAAAUGUAACAUUAGUCCAAUAUUAGCUCUCUUUGCUAGCCUUUUGGUCUCCACCAACUCCUGAGGGAAAUACCUGACUGGAUGCUAACUUUGUCUGCGUGCCACUUAGUGCUAAGCAGGUAGUGUACAGUCAGUUUUUCUCUGAAAACAGCUGCCUGCUGUGGCCGAAAACGACACCGUGAGAGUGAACCAGAGGAACUGCAGAGUCAGGUGAUAAUUUUCCAUUCAUAAUAUAAAGAAAUAUUGAUUAUACCUGCUUCAAGUCAGCUAUCAUGCUAAAUGUUAAACGUUUGUUGGUUCCAGCUCCGUCAAUGUGAGUAUUUGCUGAUUUCCUGUUUUUAAUAUCACUGUAAGCUAAAUAUCGUAGGGGUUUAGACAAAACACAUUAACGGAAGACUGACAAUGGGGUCAAUGGGUUUUUGGCCUAAAACAGUCAAAUGAAAGAAUUUGGACUUAAUCAUACUUUCACCAUGAAUAAUUUGUCUGUAAUUGUAGAUUGUAUAUACCUCCCUAUGUUGUUUGAAACCCCCACAUUCCUAAAAAAAAUCCUGAAGAAUGACCUCAGCGUCCUCGGUGGUAGCUGUACGGCCCUGCCCAACAUGGGCUCUGAGGGGCAUUUUUCACUAUUGUCUGACAUUUUAUACACUUUUAAUUCAUUAAAUAAUCAAAACAUAAUAGAUUAAUUGAUAAUGAAAAUAAUCUUUCCCUCAGUGAUGUGAUGUAAUUUAGUGUAAUGGUCAUCAUUUUCUUUAAAAGAAAAGGUCUUUCAUGACUACUGUGUGUGUGUGAGUGAGAGAGAGAGAGAGAGAGAGAGAGAGAGAGAGAGAGCGAGUAAGAGAGCGCAUCCUUCAAGCAAAUGACUCUAACUCUUGAUGUCAGUCGCUAAUUCCAUUUCCAUCUUACACACACAUAAACACACACUCAUUCUCUGCAUAGCCUCUGCAUGGCACUGCCUCUCAUGUCUCUGUCUGGUUGUGUGUGUGUGUGUGUGUGUAUAAACACCAAGAUCAUCCUUGUUACAGUAGGUAUCAGUGUACACAGAAGAUGAUAAAAACAGAUGGAAGACAAAAUCAUGAGCAAUGUAUGCUGUGAGAAGAGUGGAAAAGGGUUUGUGUGGUGGUGUUGGUGGUGGAGCAGUAAGAGAUGAAGAGGAGGAGGAGGGGGAUAAACAGUGAGUGAGAGGGAGCGAGAGGGGGGAGGAGCAGAGAGAUGAUUCCUCUCUCUAAUACUCUAGACACAAGCUGGGUCUGGCUGCCUACUGGCUCAGAGAGAGAGACGGAGGCAGGUGGAGGGUGCAAGCAGGGAGAGCGAGAGAAACCAAGUGGGAAGGAAAAAAACAAGAUGAAGGGAAGAGAAGAAAGGAGAGCUGCCUCUCGAAAACCACGUUGAGAGAAAUGCAGAGAGAGAGAGAGAGAGAGAGGCAGUGAGGUCGAGGCGAAACCAGCGACUUUCGCACGGUUUCGAGCAGAGGGAAGGAGACGGAGCAGGAGGACGGUGAUGCUUCAGUCCAGCGCUGCCUGAACCAGAGAAGGAGAGGAGCAACAGAGAGGAGGAGAAGGAGUCCAUCGAAAAUUAGCUGGAAGACAAGACAGAGAGAGAGGAGACAGAGGGAGGGAAAGAGAAGGAAAUGAAGAGGAUGGAGGAGCGGAGAACGAGCAGAGACACAGAUCCCUGGCUACUCAGGCUCACAUGAGUGUAUGGACCUGAGCCCGCCCAGAGUUAGUACAAGAUGCUGUCAAAGAACCAGUGUGUGAGGGCGGAGUGAUGGAUGUCUGUUUGCACAAACCACGGCUGAUACUUGAAACUCAGUAGAAGUAGAUGAGCACUGGUGUCUGUGUGUGCUGGACCAGGUGUGUGUGUAUAUGUGUGUGUGUCAGUGUUAGAACAUAUGACAGACCAGCUGUUUAGGAAGUAAACAGGGUCAGGUGCACCCAGAGGAGCGAAACAAGGAGGGAAGUAGGAAGACACGGAAAGAGACAGAGUGGGUGUGUGUGCAGCCGGCACAUAGACAAGCUUCAGUCCAACCAUCUCAGGUGCAGUUAAGGGUGUGUGUGUGUUUUCGGACAGCACCUAAAAAAGAAGAAAGGGAGAUGACAUCAGCAACAACAAGGUGCCACUGAGCUUCUUCAAGGUUGUUUUUCACUCCUCUUUUACACCGGACAAGCCACCUGAAGCCACCCCCUACCUCAUCUCAACCCAACAAGUGGACUUGAAGACUCAGAAAAAGAGACUUUAACACCAGCACUGGUGCCCUACUGACUGGGAAGCCCCCACCUGAUUUCCUGUGACCAGUGGAUGCUCCUAAACCCAACCAUGGGAGAAUGGACCAUCCUAGAGCGCCUCCUGGAGGCCGCCGUGCAGCAGCACUCUACUAUGAUCGGAAGGAUCCUGCUAACAGUAGUGGUGAUCUUCCGUAUCCUGAUCGUGGCAAUUGUGGGGGAGACAGUGUACGAGGACGAGCAGACCAUGUUCAUCUGUAACACUCUGCAGCCGGGCUGCAACCAGGCCUGCUACGACAAGGCCUUCCCCAUUUCCCACAUCCGCUACUGGGUCUUCCAGAUCAUACUGGUGUGCACGCCCAGCCUCUGCUUCAUCACCUACUCCGUCCACCAGUCGGCCAAGCAGAAAGACCGGCGCUACUCCUUUCUCUACCCCAUAAUGGAGAGGGACUACGGGGGAAGGGAAGGGGCACGAAAGCUCCGCAACAUUAAUGGAAUUCUAGUUCAACAUGGCGGUGAUGGCGGAGGAGGGAAGGAAGAACCCGACUGCCUGGAGGUGAAGGAGAUUCCCAACGCCCCGCGGGGCCUCACCCAUGGGAAGAGCUCCAAGGUUCGCCGGCAAGAAGGGAUCUCCCGCUUUUACAUCAUUCAGGUGGUGUUCAGAAACGCACUGGAGAUUGGCUUCUUGGCGGGCCAAUACUUCCUUUACGGCUUUAGUGUGCCUGGGAUUUUCGAGUGUGACCGCUACCCAUGUCUAAAGGAGGUGGAGUGCUACGUGUCCCGCCCCACGGAAAAAACGGUUUUCCUGGUGUUCAUGUUUGCAGUGAGCGGCAUCUGCGUAGUGCUCAACCUGGCCGAGCUCAACCAUCUGGGCUGGCGCAAGAUCAAGGCCGCCAUCAGGGGCGUCCAGGCCCGCAGGAAGUCUAUCUGUGAGAUCAGGAAGAAGGACAUGGCUCAUCUGUCCCAGCCGCCCAACCUGGGACGCACACAGUCCAGCGAAUCAGCCUACGUCUGAUGAUGAAGAGAAGAAAAAGAGGAGUGGAAUGAAUGUGCAAGAGAGAGAAUUAAUUAAUUAUCAUUUUAAUUUAAUGAAGAUGGUGUGGAGGUCAAACAAGAUGACCCCUCCUCUGUGAUGAUGGAAUGAAACAGAAUGUAAAAAAGACCAAACCUCAAGCUCUAUGACUUUGAGAGUCAAGAGUAGAGAGAAGACAAUUUAAAAGCAUAGAGAGAGGAUAAAAGAGGACAAAAAGUUAUGUUCUGCAAAUGAACAUGAUGAACACAUUUUAGUCUCAUGGGGGGAUAUUCCAACUGCCAUUUUAUAUACUUUUGUCUUUUUUUUUACCUAAUUACCUUCUCCCCUACCCCUCAUUUCUUUUAAAGUGAGGAAUUAAAUCCUCAAGGAGCCGGAGAGGGAAGGACUAGAGAUGAGAAGAAGAGGGGAAGGGAGAGGAGAACAGAUGAGAGGCUGUUUUGUAUUCUUUGGGGAUAUUGCAAGAUGACGGCGGUGUUUGAUGCAUCCCAUGGUGCUUUUCUUCUGGACUGUGUCAGCUUCAAUGAAGAAGGGAGGACAGGAUACGGGAUGGGACAGGGAGGAUGAGCAGCAAAGUCAUUAAAACAGGAACGGAAGAACUGUCAUAGCCAUGACGAACUCUAGAGAACGAAGUUGAGUUUUUGAGAGAAAGUAGGUGGGAGACAUCAAACUAUGGGAAAACAUAUGAUGUACCCGAGUAGGAGACUCAAGGUAGACCGAAGCCAAGAGAGAAAGAGCUGCCUCUGAUCAGUGUCAGCCUCGCCUCUGUUGGAACAUCGUCACAAGACAAAACCAAGAGAAAAAGACUGAUGCUGUUUAUGUUUUGUCUCUUGGCAAAAGAUGAUUUUAACACAAACACAGCGAGUACCAUAAACGCUUUUUUUCCUUCCUCUCCCCUAUCUCUCGCUCUCUCGGCUCCGCGGUUGGCAGCUAUAUAGACCCCAGGGGCUUCGGAUGACAGUAAUGACUCUCGCUACUCUCCUGCAUAAACUUUGGAGAGGAACUAAUGAACAAAUGGACAAACACCAUGUAAAUGUCAGUCUCUCCUAGAGCACAAACUAAACUUCCCUCCUUCCAGCAUUCCAGUGUGCUGAGAGACAGAAAGAGAGGAGAAGAGAGAAAGGGAAUGGGAGCUUGUAGAGGAGGGGAACAGAUCACUUUAUUACAACUUUAAACAAAUUUUAUAAAAUAUAUCACCAUGAGUUAUGAUUUUUUUUUUUGAGAAAGCGAUGGUGCCAUCCUUGAGAUAUUUAAUUAUUGUUGAAAAGUUACAUAGAGUAUAUCACGGUAAUAUUAUUUAUCCAUUUAGAAUAUAUCCAAAUAGUUUUAUUUAACUUUGCGGACGGGUUGGUUGGGACAUCAUGUUGUUGUUGUAUAAACUGUCUGUCUUUUUUUCAUUUUCGUUUAGUUUAAAGCAUUUCUCACUGAUGGAACUGAUUAAUGGCAUGUAUGGGGUGGGAAGGGACAAGUUUGUGAGGUUUGUUUUGAAAAGCACUGAGGCUGUGCAGCUGAUUUUUUAUUUGCUACUGUUUAGGAAAUCUUCAUUGCAAUGGUAUCUUAACUGCAUUCAAAAUGUAGAACAAUGCAGUUAAACAUAACAUCUUUCUGUGUUUUCUACAGAGAGCCCUGGUUUUCUCCAAAAUUAGCUGCACAGCUUCAUGCAAUUAAGGCCUCUGAGCCAUUUGAAAAAGGCAUGUUUACAUGACACAAUGUUUCUUGAAUGAUUAAUCAUGAGUAGUAACUCUCUAGGGACAGUUGUGUUUUUGAAUCUCAGUGGUUUUCAUUUUGCAUUUCGUUCCUGACUGGAUUUCAACAUGCAUGCCUUGUAAGAGAAAAGAAUGACAUGAAAAAAAAAGAUAAAGACGACAGAGAGCGUUGCACCUUGAUUAAUGCAGCCGAGUGGGAGAGUGGCAGACUGAAGGAACUCAUGUUGGGAUUAAGGCUGUGUCUUUGAACACACUCACACAUACACAAGUGCAUAAUUUAAAACAGGGAGCUAUCACACUGCAGGCCUGUGAAACCAGACCUAGGGACAGUUCAGUGGACUAGAUGUGGUAUACUUUAAAAGAGAAUUUAAUUAUUUAACUGACAUGAACACACACACAGAAACACAUUGGACCAGCAUGGUGUCACCCUCCUAUGUGGAGGAGGCUUGGGUGACUGGGACAAGCAGACAUAAGCACAAAGCAGUUCAUGCCAAACUCAAAUUUUGUCUGUUUAAAUCACUUCAUGUUCACUGAUCCUGUUGCAGAGACCAAGACAUUGGAGUGUUUAAGUACAGUGACAUUGUUGGUUAUCAGCUAACUGAGGAAAAAUCCACAAAUGCAUCUUAAACCCAGUCUCAACAUCCUGUAGCAGGUCAGUGGUCUGUGCUUUAGCCAUGGCAUUUAGGUGUGCUGAUUAAGAAUCUUACCUACCACGGCAAACUGAAUGGCCUUAUGUAGCUCAACACUGCAGUUGCUUAGCACUGCCACAUUUGGGGGUUUGAUUCUUACAGGGGCCACCCAUGCACUAAAUCUGCUCUCACACAGCGUUUGUAUGACACUUUGCAUGAACACAUUAGCCACAUGGCAGACAUGUUAUACUAAAUUGCAGCUACAGUAUAUAUUUUUUGUUCCCUAUUAAACUUUUACCACUAGAUUGCAGCGCUAAUUGUUGAAAAUGUGAAGAAAAUCUCUUUGUAAAAAGCUCUGUAAUUUAAUUUUUUGUUGUAUCUACUUUCCUUCAACUUGCCUUAUCUGCUUGUACUUUGAUUGGUGAUGUCCCACAAUGCCUUUGAACAACUCCUAGGUCAUUAUGCUGAGGGUAAUUAAAAGGAAAAUGUGUUGCGUCAGCACCAUAUAAAACCCCAGAUGUGAUCCCCAGGUAGAGAAAGAAUAUUACUUUACAUUUUCUUAACCAAAAACAAAGCAAAAUGAAAUACACCCAAUUGCAAUUACACUGUCCUCAUUUUAGGAGCAGCUUUUUAGUUUUUUUAAGGAGAAAAAUAUUUGUCAUCAAAUACCAUUGUAGCUGCUCUGGAAAUACCUUGACAUGACACGACAGUAACUCUUACUGGUCAUUAUCCCCAGAUUUAGACUCCUCUCUCCAUGAGGCUCAGUGGGAUCGGUGCAGUCUACUGUAUGCAGAAGGACAAAUACAGUGAGAGGGCACGCCAGAAUGCCUAAUAAUAGAGGUUGAGUUAUGGCUUCCCUCAGUUACUGAGACUGCUUCUAGUGAAGGCUUAAACGCUGACCUUAAGCUUAAAGGCCAAGCCAAUGUCCUGUACUAUACGCAGCUCCUGCUGGACAGUCACUGUGUAGUACAGCCCUGAUCUAAUCUCCGCAGAGCACAGGUCAAUGCUUGUGUGAGGCCUAUUUUUAGUGAACAGUAGAUGCAAACAUGCUGAACAUACAUUACGUUCAUUCUAGGAAAAACAAGCAAAUCUGAAUGUGAGAACAGCAGCUUGAGUUCAAUUGUUAUGGAUUCUGUUGUUAUGUCUGGUUUCCUUCAGGUCAGAAACACAUAGACGUAGAGGACGUACAGGGCCAUAAAUGUGUCCUGGUUUUCUUCGGUUUACAUUUAUCCAGUAGUUAUUAGUGACUCACGACUCCUACAAUUAUACAGUCAGUGGGUACACCACCAAGUAAAGGCAGGCCCCAGUUCUUCCAACAGUCCACUACUCUCCACAGUCUUCUUUUCUAUUUGUCAAUGUGAAAUGAAUUAUGCAACUUCUUUUUUCUCAUUUGCUUAUCUUUUUGACUUGUGGAUUCAUUUUGUUGUCUGUUGCUCUUUUCGUGCAGUGACAUAUCAAAAAAAGAAAGAUGUUUUUUUCUAUGUAAAGGAACAAAAGUUGUUUUUUUUCAAUGUGUAAAAUCAAGGGUAGAAUGUUGAAAUAUAAGACUAGCAGAAAAAAUACAUUAUAUUUCCUCCCUUGCCAAAGUGAUAUGCAAAAUUUCAGUAAUUUUUUAACUGCAUGUGUAAUGGCUAGAAUAAGCAUGAGUCUAUGUUUUCUUCAACAAAAUCUUUAAAGAAAGACUUUUUUUAGUCCAAACUAUGGAGCAAAGCUAUUAUGUCUUGAUGCCAAGUGUGUGUAUAUUAAUAAUCCAGUUCUUCAGACGUUACAGAGCCAGGCAAGACAAUACCAACUCAGUGAUGUUAAAACUUCCUAUUACAGUUUAUCAGUCUCAGUUUCAACUCCCAAAAUAUUCUGAAAACCACUGCAUACAGUAAAUCUUCUACUUACUAAGAAAUUUGCACAUGAUAUAUACCUUUAUAAUCUGUUGUAGAAGAUGUUUUGAUUUAAAAGCCAAUCAGUCAAAUGAUCUACUGUAAACACAGGGUACACAGGAAUAUAAGCAUACAGGCUAAAGACUGGCACUAUGAGAUGUCAGACGCCAGAACAUUCCAGGGUUUAGUCCCCAGCACAACAUGUAAUUAACCUGCAAUUUACAGCCUCUUUAUGUGUUAAAUAUGGUUAAAUCCUCAGUGAAACUCCUUAUGGACAACUUACUGGGGUACAGUACAUGAAAGCAGACUCAGGAAAGGAAACCAUGCUGAUCUUUUACACCAAUCUUUUCUAGUAAAAAUGCUAUUUCUACGUUAACUCACAAGAACGCUUUUAUAGAAAUGGUAUUACAACAUGUCAUCUUACCUUGUACUGUAAAGCCCACCCUAGAAAAUUGUCUUCAAGCCUGAUUAUUUACCUGUUGGUGCUAUUGAGGUUGGACUCUUUACCAAAAACAUUAAUUCAGAUACAUUCCCUUGUCUUUAGCACAAUACUGCCCCACAUACCACAGGUCAUAGCGAUGCAGGUCUCCUUAAAAAUCAAGCUGUUACUCUUGACUGUUACUAACAAACGGGCAUGUCCACAAAAGCCUACAGCAGGUAAUGAUAUCAUUUUCAUGAAACUCUCCACUAUCUUUGUACUGCAGAACAGUAGCAAACACAUUUUAUUCCUCAGGACUGCAGCAUAUAAUUGAGCUGUUUCAUUCAUUAACUACAUUACUCUUUAUAAUGCUGCCAAAAGGACCUUAGAUUAAUUUAGUAACCACAUUAUGUAGCCAAUCAGAAGAUCUGAUCGGUGGCCCUUGAGCAAGUCCCCUCUAUACAUUCAAGGGCUUCUUACUUAUUACAAACUGAAAAGCCAUAAAUUUAAAAACGAAAGAGAUUUCAAACUUGACUUGGCACAUUACUUCUUAGAAAGAGUACAAUGUGCACUCAUGGGCCAGGAUUAACCACAUUCAUAUGUAUUCAAUUAGGUGAUCAUUAUUGCAUUUAAAUUGAAAAUUAGACAUCUUUUUUCAAAUGAAAAGGUUUAUACUUUUUAAUUGAAUGAAAAAAAUGUAUGUUAUAAAGCUCCUUUUAUCCAGAUGUUCAGCUUCAAUUUUCAUUUCAUUCUGAAAUAAAAUGCUCCCUCUUCCCCCCACAGCCCUGUCUGGUACUGGUGCUGCUGUCCUGCGGGCUGGAUUAUAACCAUUUCAGGGUUCAGAGAAGGACCUCUCAGCCUCUCACUAAUCUGUCAUGAUAUCAAUCGUGAUUACUUCAUCUAAUUACACUGAGUGGCAGAUCUAGGCAGAGGGGAAUUUAAACCACCAUCCAGAUUUUACCAAAUAGCCCCCAUGUAUGUCUCUCUCACCACCACUGCAACCACCUACUGGCAGCGAGGUUGUGGAUGUGAGAUUAUGACCCGAUUGUUGAUUUAGAGAGUUUUAAUUGGAAACAGGGGCAUCAUGAACAAGUGGGGCAGAGGAAGAGCAUACCUGUGGUUCACCUCUCACCUUUCCACUUCUGCUCCAAGACCAUCCCCUCAUGGUCAGACACCAGGUCACCUUUAUGUCAAGACGUGUGUCUGUAAAGUGUGUGAGAAGCUGAUGUUACAGUGAGAGGGAUGAAACCUGAACGGUGACGUGUCAGGGGAGUGGGGGAGCAAUGUCAAGUUUAGCCAAUAUUUGGCAUCUAUAGUGGUAAUCAAUAUUUAAGGGAUCAGAAAGGGAAAACAGUUAAAUAUCGUAGACCCUAGAAACUUGUCAUUCUUGAGCAUAGCUUCUACUGUGACAUCUGUAUGGAUAUAAAAGCAUGGACUAAAAACAGGAACGAUGAAACAAACACUCAAACACACUCUGUGUAGCUGACGGACCUUCGUUGAAGGUUCACUGUAUAUUUCUGACUGGUGUACUGUAUGUAAAGACUGAAUAAAACCUUGAAUGUUACAUCAAGCCUGAA